AUGUCGACUACUUCAAUCUCUGCCAACAUGAACAAUGUUCCAAUGUUAAAUGGAAUGAACUUUAAGGACUGGAAAGAGAACAUAUUGAUUGUUCUCGGCUGCAUGGACAUAGAUUUGGGUGGGAUUCCAGAAGUCUUUCGGGGUGCAAUAACAGAGGAUGUUACCGUUGCCAGUGAAUUUCUUUUGGAAAUUCAAAAGCGUUUUGCUAAAAAUGAUAAGGCUAAAACAAGCACGCUUUUAGCAAGCUUGAUUUCAAUGAAGUAUAAAGGCAAGGGUAAUGUUCGCGAGUACAUCAUGGAGAUGUCUCAUCUUGCUUCAAAACUUAAGGCACUAAAGCUCGACCUAUCUAAUGAUCUGCUUGUGCAUUUAGUUCUCAUCUCUCUUCCUACACAAUUUAACCAAUUUAAGGUGUGGAGAAGUGGCAGUGACUUGAAGAGAGUGUUGGUUUCAGACAACGACGCUGUGCUUGCAAAAAUUAAAACCUCACUACAGUUCGUCGAUCGUUCAAACCUUUAA